AGUAUCUAUUUUAUAUUGCUAAUCAAUAUACUCCUUAGGUCAAACCAACUCAAUCAUGGCGUUUGUAAAGUUUAUGCGAAACAAGUUCUUCCAUCCUCAUACAUAUGAAAAUCAGAAACGAACUUGGAUUGCUGAACAGAAGCACGAAUCUGAAAAGAAAGCACAGGAAGACCUCCACAAACAAUACUUGAAAGAACAAGCAAUUUAUGAGAACAAAAAUCUGUUGAAACAUGGGAAGCUAACCGGAGAGGAUAAGUUGUCCUUCAUGUAUGAACCACCUUUACAGUGCCGAAAGAAAGACGAAAAGUUGGAGCUCCGGGAGGUCAGAUUCGAGUGGCAAAAAAAUGCUCCACGUGCAGGUGAAUAUGCCAAGAAUUUGGAUGUCGCUGAUCGGCCAUUUGGUAUUGAAGUGAGGAAUACCAAGUGCAUAAAGUGCGGUGUAUGGGGUCACAUGAACACAGACAAGAUAUGCCCCUUAUACAAUAGAGGUAUGAACACAGAGGAUAAUCCUCCUGACCUGGGAAAGGAGGAUCCCAUGUCCCUGUUGAAUUCAAUGGAAAAGGGUGGACUCAAGAUGAGAAAACAUGCCGUCAACUCUGUCAUGGAUGUGCAUGAUGAUAAAUAUAAGAUGCUUGAAGAUGAAAAGUUGGACCCUGAAGUUGCAUUUAUUGCUAACCUGUCUGACAAGCAGAAGAGAAAGCUAAUGAAGAAACUGAAUAAAAGUGGUCCAGGAGCAGGGGGAGUUGGUAAGGCAAAACAUAAGAAGAAAAAGCAUAAGAAGGAGAAGAAAGCAAAACACGAGAAAACAACCCAGGACGACACUGUUGUCACAGAAGUGGAACCUAUUCCUGCAGAAAGAGAACACAGAAACCAGGACAUGACUUCUGAAACCUUGCCAAAUCGUCGUAGGUCUCCACCUAGAAGAGAAAGACUCAACUCUUCUUCACCUCAACGUGCUCCCAGAAGAGACGAUAGAGAUCAAAUUCAAAGACGUUCGAGAUCUCCUGCUUUUGGUUAUGGGCACGGUCGUGGGAAGAAUCUUGCUAGGACAAGAUCUCCUCGACGUGAACAGCAAGGUAGAUCUCCAAGACGUGAACAGCAAGGUAGAUCUCCACGACGUGAACAGCAAGGAAGAUCUCCACCAAGAAGAGAAAGACUCGACUCUACUUCUCCUAAGCGUGCGCCUAGAAGAGAGAGUAGGGAGAAAAUCUCGAGACGAUCAAGAUCUCCUGCUGAAGAGAGGAAUCCCACUAGACAAAGGUCUCCCAGACGAGAACAGCAAGAAAGAUCUAGACGAAGAUCCAGAUCCAGAUCUAGGGGACAUGAGAUGGACAUCAAGAGACGUUCCAAAUCGCCACAACCCAAUUCUUCAAAGUCAGAUAGAGACCAUAGAACAGGGAAAAGCCACAGACGAGAUUCUAGGAACAAGCAGAGACGCGAUUCACCAGACUCUAGCGAUCAAGAGUCGAAGGUAAAAGUUCAGUUGAGAAGAAAAUCCUCAGAAUCUAAUAAUGUCAAACGGCACGAUUCCAGUGUGUUGAAAAACAGAAAGUCAGAUAAGUUAGAGGUCAGACGACAGAGACACGACACCGAGAGUUCUGACUCUGACUCCAACAGAAAAAAAGUUACCAAACGAAGAUCCAGAAGAUCUCCUUCAAAAUCCCCUCCCCGACCCGUACAUCGCAGUAAAGGUAAAGAAAAAAAGCGUCAAGUUACUCCCCCAUCAGACUCAUCUUCAGAUUCCGAACCUGAUAAAGUGAAUAAGAAAGCUGCUCGACAUGAGUCAUCAUCUGAUCCAGAACCAGUGAAAUCAAGCAGAAAGACAAUCCGUCAUGAUUCAUCAUCUGAUUCUGAUUCAGCCUCAGAGAAAAACAGUAAAUCUAAAUCCAGUCAUGCAAAUAAAUCGUCAAAAGAAAAAAUCAGUAGAAAUAAGAGGAGUGAAAGAAAGAGAAAACAAUCGAGUAGCUCCUCGAGUUCAAGUGGCUGAAAGACCAUAUUAUAAUGAAAGUUGAUUCCUGAACAGUGAACUGUGUAUUUUAAUACAAUUAAAUUUGAUGUUUUCCGUAUUUGUUGGGAUCGUGAUACAGACAUGUUUACAAGAGCGCCGGAAGGUUGAAUCUGAACAAUACAGUUAGCCUACUAUGUUAAUGCACUUUCUCUCUUUAUUUCAAUCAUUGUAUUGGUAGGUACAGUGUAUACAGUGCAGCAAUGUAAACUACACUACUUUCAUUUCAUCAAGUUUAACAAAUCCAGUUUAAUUAUGAUAUUGUCAACUCUUAUUUUCAGUUAAUUGCUUACCCAAAUUUAAAACUUUUGUUGUUGAGAUAUUAGAAACGGACAGUAUUGAGUAUUGUUUAUAAACAUUGCAAUGGGCCAAUGCAAUGCCCUUGGGACAAUUAUUUUGAUUCAGUAUUAGACAAUUCAUCGUACCAAGUCUUUAACUUUAACGUCUUGUAGUUUCCCAUUUCUAGAGUAUGCUUUUUAAUGG